GUGAGAGUGAGAGUGUUUCUAUAAUAACUUCGAAGCACCCCUCUUCUACUUUUCCACUUCUAACCCUAAGCCGCCUCCGCUCACAUAAAAGCCUUUUACCCUAACAUCUCUUCACUCGUUGAAUUUUCAACUACUCUCUUCUUCUUCUUCUUCUUAAAUCUUCUCCAAUCAUAUUCUUAUCUUCUCUCCAGACCAUUCGUUUUCUUCUGCACUUCUCUUGCUUUGCUUCAAUUUUUCUCCCAGAUGGACGUUGCAGUACUUCAUCCGCAGGAUUUUCUCGCAAACAAACCACCCAACCAUUACCAAACCAUACCCCCAAACUUUCCCAACAUGAAACUCUCCAACCCUAACCCUAAGUUCCAGCGGAGUUCCCGAAGCCGCAAGAAGCGGGCCGAUCCAGUCCCACAAGACGCCCGCGGCCCGGCCCAACACGCCAAGCCUCAGAAACACCACCCGCAGCAGCUUGUCAUGGGCCAGGUCAAAAUCCUGAAACGAGGCGAGCUACUUGCUCAAAAGACGCCGGAUCUACAACCGCCGUCGGAAUCCGUCCAGAACGAGGUAACCACCCAGACGAAGACCGUGGAUAUAAGUUCGACUUCACCUUCAACGGAGAAAGUAGAGGGCCUGUAUGCGGGGUAUUCGUUGCUGGUGACGUCACCGCCUCCAAACUCCGUUCCGUUACCGAUUUUUAUAACUAAGAAGUUAGCGGCCAAGAAUUGCGCCACGAGUGACUUACGGAAAAUGUUACGACUUGAUUUUCCUUAACCGGCUAUGAAUGGACGAAAAUUUGGAUGGAGGUUGUUGAUGAUUGGAGUGAUAUAGUGCUCGAUCUACUCUUAUUUUUUCAGCGGGUGGUUCGAGUGCGAAGAAUCUCUGAUUGUGUAGCACUUUCUUCAGGUUGCCGUUCAUACAUGUUUAUAGUGUCAUUUGGUUUAACCUUGUUUCUCUUAGGAUCCUUGGUUUGUUAUCCUGAUUCGUAGGUAUUUUGAUUUGGGGAUAGGCUUCUGUGUAUCUGUGUAAUGCUUUGUAAGUAUUUAGGGUAUAGAAGCGUCCCUAGUUUACUUUUUUUUCUUCAGUUUUUGUAAUUUUAUGUUUAUGUUGGUGUCGUGUUUAGUUUCCUCACAAGGUCUGAUAUGAGGUAAUUUUAUGUUCAUUUUUAAUCUUUGAGAAUAGAAAAUAGUACAAGGUUUAAUUCCAA